AAAACAACAACAAAAUAAAUAAAAUAUAAAAGGAAGAAAAAAAGUAAAAGAAUCGACGGCGUGUGGAAACUGCAAUAACAGCAAAAAAAAAAAAAAAAGAAAUAUGCAAAAUAGUUCUAACUGUAAAUUACAGUGCCUUCUAUAAAAUAAACAACGUCGCUAUCACCACCAAGAAUAUCCCUCAACGGCAACAAAAACAGAAGCAGCAGCAGCAGCAGGAGCAGCAGAAGCGAAGGAGCAGCAUCAACCCAAAAAUUUCGUUAAGCAAAACACGCGGCAGGCACCUUUUAGUAUGAAAUGAGGCGGCCAGACAAACGCAUCGACAACGAAGAUCGAACACGGAUUGGCAUACGACUAGCGACAGCGACAGCGACGGUUACGUUUACGGUUACGUUUACGUUUACGGGCAGCAUGAACAGCAACAAUCUGCAGCAAUGGUGGGAGCACACAUACCGGCGGCAUCAUCUGGAGACGAACAACGACCUCGACACCACGGAGCUGCACUAUGCGCUCCUCGAGCAUAAUCAGCUUGGCGGCAGCGGCACCGGCACCUGGACCCUGCCCACCACGGAGCUGGAGGGCUCAGCCACGGAUUUCGAUUACGGCAACUUUAGUCUGAUUAAUCCGUACGAUCUGGAUGCUGCUGACGCUGCUGCUGGCGGCGGCGGCGGCGAUUCAGAGAAUGCCAUAUCCUCGCUGACGCUGCUCCUGCUGGCCGUCAGCUAUGGUCUCGUCGUCUUUGGCGGCGUUGUGGGCAACUCCACCUUGGUGCUCACCCUUUGCUCGGCCUCGUCGGUGCGCCUGCGGAAUCCCCUGCUGCUGGCCGUGUGCAUUGCCGAUCUGCUGGUCACGGGCAUAUCGGCACCCGUCACCCUGCUGAACCUGGCCAUGAAUCGCAAGACCAGAUCCCUGCCGCUGGUGCUGUGCAAGGUCAUACACUACAUUCAGGUCAUGCCCGUGGCGGCCAGCACCAUUUCCUUCUUCAUGCUCUCCCUGGAUCGCUAUGCCACCGUUAAGCAUCCUCGCUUGGCCCAGCUGCGACAGCGUCGCUACCUGCACGUCUCCCUGGCGCUGAUCUCCUGGCUGGCCUCGGCCGCCAUCAGCACGCCGUUUCUAUUCGCCUACAAGAUCAUAGCCAAGUCGGUCAUCGUCAAGGGGCGAGCAGGGGGCGGCAGCACGAAUGCCAGCACCAGCACCACACCGAAUCCCGUUAGCAUCAGCUGCACCUCCGAUCUGGGCGCCAAUGCCAUGUUCAUGUCGUUCAUCAUCUUCCACACGAUAGCCGUGUUCGUGCUGCCCGGCGUGGGGGUGCUGCUCAAUCACUACGGGGUGCGGCGCAAGCUCUGCGCUCUGUCGCUGACGGCUCGUGCGGCGCACGGGGAGCUGCCGCUGCCCAUGCCCAUCCUGCGGCGCCAGACGCACAUGGUGAUUGUGACGGGCUGUGCCAACGCACAGCAGGCGGCCUGCGGUGGCCCCACCACCGUGGACGAUACCUCGAAUGGGAAUGGCACUGGCGGUGGCGGCGGACAAAUGGCCGUCAGUCCGGGCGACAUACAAAUGCACACGCUACAGCCCCGCGUGCCGCAGGCAUCCGGUUCGGUCCUUGAGCCGGGCUCCUUUCGGUCCAGCAACCCCAUAUCGCCCAGAGCCAUGAGGGAGAUACGCAUCCAUUCGCAGCGCCAGCGAAUACAUCGCGCGGGCCGUGGUCGGGGUCCGGCCACGCCUGGCAUACCGCUGCCACAGACAUCGACGCUGAGGUCACGCCGCCACUUGGCCAACAUGCUGAUCGCCUCCGCCAUCAUCUUUAUCGUUUGCUGGGCGCCGCAUGUCUUUUGCAUAUUCUAUAAGAAUUUCGGCUACAAGCAAUACUGCAGCAAAUCCUCCGUCUACUUCAGUCUGUUGUUGGGCUAUUUCUAUUCGGCCAUCAGUCCGGUCAUCUAUUGGGCGCUCAACCACAAUUCGCUACGACAAUCGCCCUGUGCGCCCAUCAUACGGCUGCGCUCCAUGCAAAAUUUUCUGAGAUCACGCUUCCGGACGCACACAGUGCCACCGCCGCCAUCGUCCACCAAUGAGGCGGCGCUGGGCGCAUUCAAUCCCAAACUGAUCAAGCUGACACCGAAACAGUAUAGAGCUCAGGCUUCUUCGCAUUAUCUCUACUAGUGUGAUACUAAACUAAACUAAAACUAAAACAAAAAC